CACUACGUGCAGUACUGUGCUUACCCCCGUAACAAACAUGCGGUCUUAUGUGCUGUUCAUCGCACUACUACUGCAUUCAGCGGCUGCAACGCUGGACUUCAAGCAGCUGAAAGAUACAGCAGCAACUCAGCUUCAAACAAUAACAGACACAGCUGCAACAAAACUGCAAUCUCUAACAGAUACUGCAACCACAACUAUACAACAAUUCGUCGACACAAUAGACUUAGACAAAGUCCAACAACUAGAUGUCCUCCAAAUCAUCCCAAAGUUACAAAAUAAAGGCAAACUGAUCAAAGAGACUUAUGAACAUCUGCCAGAGUACGGGAAAAAGGCCCAAAUGUAUUUGCAAAGUAUAAAGGGGAUGAAAGGAGAUUUGGUGAAGUCUUUAAAGUUUAAAUUGCCGUGGCCUGAAAUGAGGGUUUACUAUCAUCAUGUCUACCUUGAUCCUCAUGAACAUCAUGGUCAUGGGCCGUAUUAGGAUUUGCCGUUGUACAUAACAUAACAUAACAUAACGCCUUUUUAUCCUCGAAGGGGUAGGCACUUAAUGCCACUGUACAAUUUAA